GAAACUAGAGGCGGAGCAAACUGUAGCUUUCUUCAAAUCACAUCAAACGCUAUUCUAAAUGGCAGAAGAAAUCAGAGGCCAAGCCACAAAGUAUGCAGUAGUUACGGGGGCAAACAAAGGGAUCGGAUUUGAAAUAUGCAGGCAGCUCGCUUCUCAGGGAGUAGUUGUGGUUUUGACUGCUAGAAAUGAGACGAGAGGGGUUGAAGCUGUGGAGAAGCUCAAAGGGUUAAUCGGUUUGGCUAAAGAAAAUGUGGUGUUUCAGCAGCUUGAUGUUAUGGAUCCUUCCACUAUUGCUUCUUUGGCUGAAUUCAUUAAGAUCCAAUUUGGCAGGAUUGAUAUCUUGGUGAACAAUGCAGGAAUUGGUGGAGUCACUGCUGAUGCUGAUGCCCUUAGACCUAAACAAGAGUCCACUGGGGAGAAAAUACAAGAGGUUAUUGAACAAUAUCUAAGGGACAAUAAAGAAAAUACCCUCCAAGCCAAGGGCUGGCCUUCUCUCAUGUCAGCCUACAUACUCUCUAAAGCAGCGAUGAAUACUUACUCGAGGGUCAUGGCAAAGAAGUAUCCGUCUAUACAGAUCAAUUGCAUCUGCCCUGGUUUUGUGAAAACAGAUAUGACUUACAACAGUGGGAUAUUGUCUAUUGAACAAGGCGCGGAGAGUCCUGUAAUGCUAGCUCUGCAGCCUGAUGCCGGCCCUUCUGGCUUCUUCUUUGUAAGGAAAAAAGUUUCAUCUUCAUUGUAA